AAAGCGCGGUCCCCUCCCUUCCCCAGUCCCCACUACCACUACACGCCUCUCGCCGUCGCGUCUUCAAAGCCUCCGCCACUUGACUCCCAUCCCCUCUCGCGUGGUCCUUCUCCUGCUCCCGCUCCCGCUGCUCCUCAUCUUCUCGCGCCGCGGCCCCCAGCCUUUGCCCGCCGCUACCUCUCUCUAAUUGGGCGGCGGCCUGCCGGUCCGAUGGCGUUCAACUACCACGACCACGCGCUGGCGAUGGACCCCGCGGCGGCCGCCGCGGUUGGGGCGGCCGCGAACCCUAGCUUUGUCUCCGGAGGUGGCAUGGCCGGGGGGCCCGGCUGGGAGAGGGAGAAGGCGGCCAUCGCGGCGCACCCGCUGUACGAGCGUCUUCUCGAGGCGCACGUCGCCUGCCUCCGCGUCGCCACCCCCGUCGACCAGCUCCCGCGCAUCGACGCGCAGAUAGCGGCGAGGCCCCCGCCCAUGGAGGCCGCGGCUGCGGCUGCUGCGGCGGGCGGAGCACACUCGGGAGGCGAGGAGCUCGACCUCUUCAUGACACAUUAUGUGUUGCUCCUCUGUUCAUUCAAGGAACAACUCCAGCAGCAUGUGCGUGUUCAUGCAAUGGAAGCAGUCAUGGCUUGUUGGGAGCUCGAACAAACUUUACAAAGCCUUACAGGUGCAUCUCCUGGUGAGGGCACUGGGGCAACUAUGUCUGACGAUGAAGACAAUCAGGUGGACAGUGAGAGCAACAUGUUUGAUGGAAAUGAGGGGUCAGAUGGAAUGGGAUUUGGCCCAUUAAUGUUGACUGAGGGUGAGAGAUCCUUAGUUGAGCGCGUCCGGCAGGAGCUAAAGCAUGAGCUUAAGCAGGGGUACAGAGACAAACUUGUGGAUAUUCGGGAAGAGAUAUUGCGGAAGCGAAGAGCUGGGAAACUCCCUGGCGACACUGCUUCUACCUUAAAAGCAUGGUGGCAGGCUCAUUCUAAGUGGCCGUACCCAACCGAGGAAGACAAGGCUCGACUGGUGCAGGAAACAGGGCUACAACUGAAGCAGAUCAAUAACUGGUUUAUCAACCAGCGUAAGCGGAACUGGCACAACAAUUCGGCGUCAUCCUCGUCGGACAAAAGCAAGAGAAAAAGGAACACUGCAGGUGAUGGGAACGCAGAACCAGCCUGGUAGGGCAUGGUCGGGGAACGAAGUUUAUGUAAAUAAUGCUUCUACUGUGAAGAGUUCCAUCAUAUUUGUUGCUCCAGAAAAGACCCUCAGACCGGUGUUUCCUGAACCCAUAUUCAUACAAAGACAUCAGACGAUGAAUAAUGUUGCGAGUAGUCAAAUAAAAUAAAUAACUUGUAUAGUGAAUAACUAGAAACUAGCAUUCAUCGUUUUGGUAUUGUAUAGCGCUAGAGUGUAAUUGUUUGGUCGGACUGUCUUGUAUAAUGGUGUAAGGUUCAAAUGCAUUUUGACCUAGCAUUCGAUAUUGUAUUUUGUGAUGUUAAAAACCAUUGUAUUCCGUUUUGUGUUUUAUCCGUGGAAUAGGGACACUGUUUAGUGUUGCCCUCAAUUCGGCCAUGUCGUGUUGUCAACUUCAUAUUAAACUUCAAAGUUGUUUGUAUUUAAUAAACUUCAAACUUCAUAUA